AUGGCAAAGUAUAUCGCUAAAGACGGAACAGUUCGUGAACAACGAGCCGUUACGAGAGUUGUUUAUGAUUUCCUUUGGUCAAUAUAUUUCUUUAUUUUCAAUUUCUUUCGAACUUUGUUCUCGCCUUCAGCAGCCGAAAUUCUAAGAGGAGGCAAUGGUUUUAGUAGUUCUUCCGGUGGUGGAUCUAAUCGAAUUAGAAGAAUCGUUAAACAUGAAGAGAAAAAUGUUCAUGAUUUUUUACGCGUAAAAUAUUUUCGUGGUUGUCCUAAAAGAACUAACGCGGUUUUCGGUGGAAAAUUCGGCCUUGUUACGCGUGGCUUGAAACAAAAAGUUCUUUUAAAUACUCAAAUGAAGACCGAACAAACGCACAAUUUACCAUUAUUAUCAUAUAAAAAUGAUUCAAAAUACACCUUGAAAUAUACGAAGUCUUCACUUGAAGCCAACGAAUGGUUACUUGAAAACAAAUCUAAUGUAUUUGGAUUGGAUUGUGAAUGGCGAGCCUUUCCAAAGCCAUCCAAAGUUUCUAUAUUACAAUUGUGUGAUUCAUCGACAAUAUAUCUUUUUCACAUAUGUUAUAUGCCAACUUUUCCGGCGGUACUAAGAAGUAUUUUAGAAGACAAAAAUGUGAUCAAAUUUGGAUGUAAUAUUCAAGGAGAUGGAACCAAAAUUUUUAAGGAUUAUGCCAUUCAAAGCAAAAGUCUUGCAGAAUUAAGUCAUUUAUGUGUACAAGUCAGGACGGAUAUGUCUACUUCACCUUCUUCCAAAAAAAAAAUCGCGUUAUUUAAGAUGGUUGAAGCGCUGGUAAGGACAACGAAACCAAGGAAGGUAAUAUUGAGCAAUUGGAAUAAUUAUUAUCUUGACCCAUCACAGAUUGAGUAUGCUGCAACUGAUGCUUAUGUAGCGCGUCAGAUAAGCAUUCUCCAGGAUUAUAAGGAUGAUGUGUAUAGAAAAGACAUUUAUAGCAUAAAAUUACAUGAUAUCGGGAAAGAAAAUCAAAUUAGAACUGUAACAAAGAAGUUGUGUGAAUAUUGUGAAGAUUUUAGUUUAAUUGGGAAACGAAGCAAUACUUUUGGAAUUGAGCAUGUCAACAGAUUGUUUUUAACCGUAAUUUUUAUGUCCGAGAUCCAAAAUCUUCACAGCUACGACCCUUUCGCUGACACCGGUGAAGAAGACGCAGGACAACCCCAAGGGUAUAUUCAUAUUCGUAUACAACAGAGAAACGGUAGAAAGACUUUGACCACUGUUCAAGGUCUACCUGGUGAAUAUGAUAAGAAAAAAUUGUUGAAAGCUUUCAAAAAGAAACUUAUCGCAGAAAAUCCAAUCAUGAUUUUUAGCAAAUCAUAUUGUCCAUAUUGUAAAAAGGCAAAAGAGAUUAUUAAAAAACUUAACAAAAGUUAUGAAGCUAUCGAAUUAGAUAUUAAAUCUGAUGGUCCUGCCAUUCAAGAUUAUCUCGCCAAAAAAACUCAACAGCGUACCGUACCAAACAUUUUCAUUGGAGGUAAACACGUUGGAGGUUGUGAUAAUCUUUUAGCUGCCGAAAGUAAUGGAUCUCUUAAUCAAAUGAUCGCGACCCUUUAA